AUGAGCCGACGAGAAGUGGAAGUGAUAAAAUACGGCCAACUUCAGAAGAAACUGAUUCGAACGAAAGGGACGCUAAGGAGGAAAAAGGUAGCUUACUAUGAAGAUUCACUAUGGGUGGCUCUAUGCGUACAUGAUCACAAAAUCCCGUUAAUCGAAUGGUAUCGAACAGAGGAAAGUCUCAAGGAGCACAAUCCGAUCAAGGUGAUUGAUCUCCUCUACACGAACUACGUGACAAUCACUGUUCAAGACCAUAACUGUUUUGUGAUUGGUUUCAAAGGAAACCAAGAAACGCUGGAAUUGGCGGCUAUCACCAGCCGCGAGCGCUCGGAGUGGGUGACCGCUGUCAACGAUUGUCUCAUCCGAUUGGGAGUUCUUCAAAACGAAUCCAACGUCUACGGGGAUUGUGUCCCGCAAAGAUCCGCUGAACCGCUAAACCUCCUCGAUUCCCCAUUGGCUUCCUCACAAACAACUUCUCCCAUUCGAUCUCCUUACUUCAAUUACCCGAAUCUCAGUCUUGACGAGCCGAUUCCGCUCAGUGACGAGGGAAUCUCAAUCGAGAACGAGAAUCGGCACUCGUACGGGCGACUCUCGAACGGCGAAACGGUGCCACCAAUGAACAGUCGACGCCAUUCUUCGGUCGAUCAUUCGCCGGCUCGAGUCGGCACUUCUAAUUCCAAUGGUUCAGUUGAACACUCAACUCCUACACCGAAACCGAGAAAAAGUAUCACAUCAAAUGGUAGUAUAACUCCGACAGUUCAAAUCCGACCACCUCUGCCGCCUAGACAAUCGGAUUCGAACGAGUUCCCAAAUCAAAAUCGAUUUACGACGAGUAGUGAUGAAGGAAUUUAUGAUCUACCACGAUCAGCAGCGGCUCUCUCCCUUUAUGACUCAUUGUCUCCACUCGGCUCACCAGUUGUGAACUCGGCUCUCAUUUCAGCAAUGAGUACAACGAGUUUAGCAAGUAGCAGCACUGAUUCGCGGGCCUCGUCCGAGCUUCGACACGAAAGACAACAUGAUUUUCGAAGAGCCUCUCUCAUCCCACCACACCCAAAUAUGGACUAUUUGGAUGAUCCAUACUCUCAAUACACCAGUAUCCGGCGCUCAUCUGAGCAUAUCGAGGCUCGCGGGAUGAGUCAGCCGCUGCGAUCUGUUUCUGUCUCUCUCACAAUGCUCAUCGAAAGUGUCCUUUUUGUGGAGAUUGGGAAUAGAGUUUGGGUCGGUGGUUGGACUCAAAAUCUCGAUCAACAGCUCUCGUGCCUAUUCCGAGUGGGUGAUGAACUUGUUGAAGUGGAGAACACGCCAGUGCAUGGAAUCGAGAACAUACCGCAAUUAUUUUAUGAUCUUUCAACUCCUGGAAGCCCGAUCACAUUGCAAAUCCGGCCGAUCCCCAAUGCGAUCACUUGUCGCCUCGUGAAACCAUUUCAUUCAGGAAAAGAUCUGGGAAUUGUUCUGCACAAAGAAAAGAACAAAAUCUCGAACAUCAUUGAGGAUAGUGCUGCGUAUCGGAGAGGGAUUCCGAAGACGAUCACUUCAUACUUUGAGCCGAAUCUUCAAACACCGACAGUCAUCACAGAGGUCAACCAUCGCCGUCUUAACCCUCUCUCAAAAAGCUCCGAGCCUCUUCAAAGAAUAAACGCUGUUCGCGAAGGAAUGGAAUUUUCAAUCACUCUUCAACCAUACGAUUUCAUGAAAGAAAUGAAAAAACAACUCCGAAAAGUACCUCAUCACAAGCUCUAUCUUGGACAA